AAAAAGAACGUAGAGGAUGAAGCCAAAGCUAUCGCCGAGCAAGAAGAGAAGGAGCGGCUAGCCAAAGAGGAAGCUGAGAAGGCGGCUGCACGUGCGAAAGCCAAGGCCGAGAGGAAAGCACGUGGAUGUCAUUCAGACUCAGACGAUGAUGACGAGCAGGAUGGACAUCAUUAUGAUGGGGAUGAACACUGUGAUGGUAGAGCUGAACAAGGAGCUAACGCUGGUGGAGAUCAUUAUUCCGCUUCCAUUUUGAAUGGCGCAUCAACAGCAGGUUUGUCUACCUCUGCUACCACCUCUACUAUACCAUCUUCUACUUCUACUUCAAAGGAGAUAAAGCAAGGCAAAAAAUCAAAGAAGGAUCUUCAUGGAACUUGGUCUACAGAGGAGGCCUCUUCGGCUUUAGGAGAAAUAAUAGACCGCUUAGUGGCGGAAGAAGUCUCGAAGCUGAUAAGUGGGACAAAGACUACCAGUCGUAAGAAGCCAGAACUGAAACCAGCAGGCUUUGCCCCAUUGGCGAAGGACUUGGAGAACAGCCUUAUCAAGUUUUUCCGGUAUGGUGGUGGCCUGCUACCGGAAAAAGUGGGAGAAAGUGGUCCAACUACUGUGGAAAACGAGCCAACAGCUACAACAUCUGCUGCUGCUGCGGAUCCAACCAGGGGAGCAUGGGUCGCUGAGGCCACAUCAGGCACUCUAUCCACCCCACCGAGUUGUAGAAGCGACCUUUAUUUUCCUGACUCCUGGAAGCUGAAAAGAAUUACGUAUGAGAAGCUGUCCAGUUGUUAUCUAGAGCUGCAGGAAGCGGGCUUUGAUGAUGUGACGAUUGAACGGGGAAUGAGAGCCACAUUUGGCUACGAUCAUCGUGCAGCCGUGGAGUAUUUGGUGUUAACCUCGGAGACUUUUUCUUCGGCAUCGGUAGCCACUUCUUCGGCAAGCGCUAGUGGCAAAGCUGAAAUAGUACAGAAGCCGACCACGACAGCAACCACUUCCUCAGAUUAAGGGUUCUUGGAAGUUGACCUAUCUAUCAUCUAAGAUGGCUUCUUCAAGCAGGAUAUCCUGGAAAUUGACCUAUGGCUUCUUCAAGCAGGAUAUGAUCCUGCCAUAGUAGAUAUGCGACCUACUAUAGGAACCGAAGUGACCUGCUUAGAAAUCACUCAAAAAUUCAUUAUGAGUAGUACUAGAAGGGGGGCCAACUUUCAUCUACCCCUAAUUAGAUGACCACGCAACGGGAGCGGCAAGAAAAUGGCUACCCCCACUCCUGCAGGGUGAACAAGAGCAGCAUGAGUAUUUUGCUUAUGAACGCAAAAGGAAACAGGACGAAGCAGAACGAAAGCAAUGGGCAGAAGAGGAGGAGCGUCGUUUGCGCAAACAGCAGCAGAAUGCUGAAAGAAGAAAGAGGAAACAUUUUUUGAAAAGGUUAUGAAGAAUUCUGGUUUUUUUGGAUGUAGUUGUCACUGUAGAUUUUGGUAUUUAAUAUUUCAGAAGAUUCUUCAUCUCCUGCUCCUGCAUCGAGGUAGGAAAAGACUUCCUUCACAGUUCACACAAGGAGUCCUCGUGUGCAUCACUAAAUCACUUGAUUCCGACUAACUUGCACUUCCUUUUCCUUGCUCUAAGUCUUCAAAGAGAACUUGCAGCUGCCAAUGGCACCCACCCCGACGAACAAGCUGGAGAGGAGCAAGGCCAUGACGAUGAAGGACAAGCUAGGAAACCGAAAGAUCCAACCGCCGUUCAGAAUUGGAUUCUAGAACGUUUCGCUGAAGUCGAGGGUGAGGACAGCGAUCCUGAGUCCGCUGCCCCAACUGUCGACGCUGCUGGAAAUACUAUCAUACCUGGGCAAGAAUUAAGGGUACUAGGUUGAAGGCGUUCGUGUUGCCGCUUGUUUUGCCGCUCUUAUAAGAAGGGAGAGACGAGGCAUAACAAACUAGGUUAAAGCCGAACACCAAAAACCUACCUCAAAAAGAAGGUGGAGAGAACGCUGGCGGUGAGAACGCUGGCACUGCUGCUGAUAGUAAAGGAACCGGAAAGAUGAAUAAGAAAAACAAGAAGGGAGCAAUAAAGCGUCCUGCUUUACAACUAGAGGGAGAACUACAGGGUGCAGGCGAUGAAGGAGAGGGAGAACUACAGGGUGCAGGCGAUGAUGAUGUCGACGGUGACACAGAAGCCGGUAUUGAUAGCGACGAGGAUAUUGUUAAGGCUACCGCUGGAGCAUCCUCAACACCAUCCUUAGCCCUUUUUUCAAGGGGAAAAAGGGCCGAGGGAGGCUCCCAGGGAUGCACGUCGGUACCUCUAAUAUUGAUAGCGAAGAUGGUGAGAUAGAGAUUGAGGUAUCCUCUGAACAGGGUAUAGAUGAAAAUUGGGAUCCCGAAGCCGUAGAUUUGUUCGGAGAGGCUGCGAGCAUUAGUGCAACCUCCGCGUUUGCUUCUAGAGUGGAAGUAGUGGAUGCGGAUACCACAACCUCUACAGUGCCGCUGUCACAGCCAGCAGAUGUCGCGCAAGAGGAGGAAAAAAACGGUGGUACAACUUCACGAGGACCGCAGAAGAUGACCUCUACUACAACUACAACUACAGUCGAGGGACAACAACAAGUUGUUCCUACAACUACAUCUUCAGUUGCUGGACAUCAACAAGACUCUACAAGAACCGGUCUCAGUGCGAAAAAACCUCUGAAGCAAAAGCCUAAGCCGCAGAAUUUUCCGCUCAAAGAAAACUUGCAGAUCCACAGGAGUUGGACUGGACAGACCCCUGCUCAAGUUUUGGAUGGUUUUGUUUCCAAGUAUCUGGGGAAGACCUAUGCCACAAAGAAAUCCGUUGAUAAGCAAGGUGUAGGCCGCGUGCAGAUUGCGCAAGGUGCGGGCAGCAAUAUUGUCUCAGAUUUCGUAGUCCCGUUCAGGUGUCGUACCAAAAAGGACGCAAUCGAACUGGCCAGUACCUAUGCUUUGUAUCAGUUAUUGUCUGGCUCGGCACCAGGGCCAUUGGCAGGCGUUGAUGGAGGUUCUGGGAAAGUUGUAGAGAGUGGAAAUACUGGCGGAGGAGCAUCCUCUAGUGCCAGUGCCUCUUCGAAGAACAAUCUCCAGCAGAACAAUCUCCAUCUACUGCAACUGAAGAGUAUCCAGGAACUGUUACCUCCAGCGUUCAAGAGUUUCUACAAUUCGAUGGUUUUGAAGGCUGAAGAGAUUAAGCUACAGGAAACGCAGAGACGGGUGUUGCCAAGAGUGAAGCUGUGUUUGGAACUGAGCGCUGGGGAGUUCGGCACAGCCGGAUCGGUUGCGGUGGCCGGGAGCAAGAGCGGAAGUGGUGGAAGCUCGGGUUCAGGUGCUGCUAGAAGCGGAACUACAGCUGGCGGAGGCAAGUCAUCCAACAACAAAGGGAACAAAAACAAUAGCACAAGUAACAAUCUAGCAGGGGGCGCAGGAGCAGGAGGACAAGCUUGCUCUGUGGGAGCUACGGCGAAGUUGGCGGAAAAAGUGAAAGCAUUGUUGGUCUCGACAGGCUGCAAAUUGCCGCCAGUAGCGAAUUUCAGUCAAAACAGGCAUAUGUUGCCUUCAGCGGGAAGUUCGAAGACAACGAAGGAUAGAGCUGCUGAAGAGAAGAGCAGUGCAUCUGCCUCUGCUGCGGCAUCCAGUAGCAGUGCUUCUGCGUCAGCCGAUGAAGACGAUGCUAGUCGUGCUCUUGUGGCACAUCAAGCAGAACAAGCAACUUCUGCCAGUCACGACAAGCGCUUAGCCGUAGAUAAGCAGUUAGUUGAAGCGUUCAUCAACCGGGAAGACAAGCGAAACGAGUUGCGCACAGCCAGAGAAAAUUUACCAGUGGCUGCAUUCAAAGAGGACAUCGUGCAUUUGGUCAACCAUAAUCGUGUCAGUGUCGUUUCCGGAAGCACAGGAUCGGGAAAGACUACACAAGUACCACAAUACGUAUUGGAGGAAGCGAUAUGGAGGGCUUCGAAUCAGGCAGGAGAUGGAGGCAACUACAAUGCCAGGUCAUCUUGCAUUGGUACAACUACUCCUCAAAGUCAAAGCACUCCUAGUUGUAGUUGUAGUACUAGAGAGCUCCUCCCAACCAUCAUCGUCACCGAGCCUCGGCGCCUCAGUGCUAUCUCAGUCGCCUCCCGAGUCGCUCAAGAGAUGGGUGAGAAAGAACCGGGGCAAAGUCUUGUGGGGUACCAAAUUCGAUUGGAAAAGCGAGCUCAUCCUGUCAAUUGUAGACUAUUGUUUUGCACCACGGGGGUGUUGUUGCAGAGAUUGAAGGGUGACCCGACCUUGGCAGGCGUGACCCACAUUUUCGUGGAUGAGGUCCACGAACGAUCGUCGGAGUCGGACUUGUUGCUUUAUGAUAUGAACAUUUUUGAUGUUGAUUUUUGUCUGUGAAGAUUCUUGACUGAAGACUUUUAAGUACAACUUCUCGAAGUUGUGAGUGAAGAUCAAGAUUUUUAUUUUUUAUUUUUCUAAGAAGUAAUUACUUAAAACAAGUGUUGAGUCGGUAUGUUGAUCACUGAAGAUGUGUUGACUCGAGUAAGGGUCUCUAUCACGUACUAGAUACUGUUAUCACGUCGAAAAGCUUUAAUAUGUAGAGGACUUGAACUGACUGUUGAUUUUUUUAUUCAUUCACUUUUACCACCUCUCAUCCAUUCACUUUUACCACCUCUCAUCCAUUCACUUUUACCACCUCUCAUCCAUUCACUUCUCCUGAAACGAUUCUCUUUCAUCCAUUCACUUUUACCACCUCUAAUCCUCACUCCUUCUGAAGCGACAAUUGACCGAAACCAGUUUAAACCUGUGCAUGAUGUCAGCGACUGCGGAUGGCGCGAAGCUCCAAAACUACUUUGACGGCCUCAACUAUGACCCUGUUUUACACCAGAUAGAUUGGAGUAAACAGGUUGGUGGGCCAGGUCCUCGCGGUGGUAAUACGAUAGUGGACAAGGCCAAGAACAAGGUGGCAGUAAAUAGCGGGGGUCCGAAGGACAGCGAUUAUGAUGAUUUCUUGGGCGAGAAAGAUGGUAGUAAUGACUCAGACGAAGAUGGUGAGAAAGCAGGUAGUUCGUCAUCUGAUGGUGAUGACUCGGACUGGGAUGCGGACAGCGACGACGCAGCUGCAAAGAAAAGCAAAGCUGCUAAGAAGUCCAAGAAGCGACACAACCAACUACAGCGCGAUAAAGAAACAAAAAGUUCAAGUGCUACAACAGAAGAUGCUGACUACUUGGACCACGCUGAUGCCGAUGACGAUGACAACAACCAAGUCUCCUCCUCUUCUUCAAAGAACUUGAACUGGAAUAUGAUCAAACAGAGAGUUGGCUUCCUAGAAGUCCCAGGUCGUAUCUUUCCAGUCGAAGAGUUCUUCCUAGAAGAUGUGGUGGAGUUAACCGGCUACGGGAUCGAUCAGGACAAUAUGAAGUGGUUGGACGAUGACCGCUUCUAUGAAAAAGAUGGGAAAACACUGAAACUAGACUCCCUCUUGAGCGCUUACAAUGUCGAAAAGGUGGACUCGGACGCAAAACAGGACGUAAGGCUGCCUAAUUCUACGGGGAACAUCAACACUUCUUCUGUAGGCGGGAACAAUAGAAAUUAUAUUGCCUCCAACGACCACAACGACAAGCAGAAGAAGAGGCACUAUUCCAAGGAGACCAUCGCUACGCUGUUGUCCAUGGACCACUAUUGGAUCAACUAUGAGCUGAUUCAAGCGACUCUGGAUGUGAUAGAGAGGGAUUUUACCCACGCAGACGAUUUACCACGUCAUGAAGGCGCAGUGUUGGUUUUCCUACCUGGUCUACCGGAGAUAUCGCGGACGCAUGCGUUGUUGGCUGAACAUCCGGUGUUUGGUGACGACCGACAAACAGUGUUACUCUCGUUGCAUAGUGCUUUGACGGAUCAGCAGUCGGCUUUUAGACCGGCGCCCAAAGGAAAAAGGAAAGUUGUCUUGUCGACGAAUAUUGCCGAGACGGGUGUCACGAUUCCUGACAUUGUUUUUGUAAUCGACUGCGGCAAAGUCAAGCAGCAGAGUUACCACGAGGCGACCAACAGCAGUAGUUUGAAGGAGGUGUUUGUCUCCAGAGCUGAAGCUGUGCAACGCAAAGGUCGGGCUGGGCGUGUCCGGUCUGGAUUCUGUUUUCGGUUGUACACGCAAAGGCGCUUUGAGCAGAAAUUCUUGCCUGCAGCGGUGCCAGAACUUCUUCGCUGUAGCUUGACAGAGCUGAUGUUGUCAGUGCUGUUGGCGGGGUUCCAACCAAGCUUGUUCCUGGAUGCGAUUGACUCACCGCCAGAAGCAAGGAUAAACCAGACGAUCACUCUAUUGAAAGACGUGGGAUGUUGUGCCGAAACUUCUUUUACGAAACACCGCAACUUCUUCUAGCAGUUUCGUGUCCACUUCGAUAGUCUUUGUCUCCCCCUCUUCUUCCUGACUACUCUCAAAGAGAACCAUAAGUUGAGCAUAUCCAGUCAUUCAUAUCGUAUUGAUAGUGAAUAGAAGGGGAUAGAAUUAGAACAGUGAAAGUGAUACUAAAUUCAAUCCUUUUAGAAAGGGUGUCCUCGCUGUCAGAUAUUACCUAUGUUUCAGUGAUAUAGUGUUUGUGUUUUAAGCCUUGACCACAGUAGUUGUGAGCAGGCUUCUAGGAGUACAACUACAAUGAUGACACGAAUCUACUCGGCAAUCUGCCUAAGAAUCUGCCUAAGGCGAAUUCUGCCUAAGAUUUCCCUGCACAACUACAAUAGGGAAUAAUUACCAAGCUGCAUUUUCUACCUCAUCUAAUCUUUCGUGCACAACUAUUAAUUAGUACCAAGCUGCAUUCUCUACCUCAUCUAAUCUUUCGUGCACAACUAUUAAUUAGUACCAAGCUGCAUUCUCUGCCUCAUCUAAUCUUUCGUCGAUCGGGAAAGCAUCCGGAGACGAUGAUGGAACCAACUCGCCACGAGUCAAGACUGCCAAUUCCUCAGCUCUGUUCUUGCGUCGCAGCACUUACAAGAUCACCGCGUUAGGCACUGCAUUGGCAAGACUUCCCGUCGAUAUCCGACUCGGGAAGAUGCUAUUGCUGAGUGAGAUUUUCGGAGGAAGCGAGUACCUGAUGAACUGCGUCGCAGCGAUCAGUGUGGCGUCUGGCACGAAGCUCUACCUAGACUUCGUGGAUGAGACGAAGAAACACCAGGCGCGUCAAAAGCACGCUCUCUUUUUCCAGAGGUUGGCGACUAAGACUCAGGUUCUGUCAGACCAUUUAACGAUGGCGGAGAUACUGAAGGAGUACGAGACGAUCUUGAAAAAUGCUGGCGGGGAAGAAGGGCAGGGCGCUGUCGGGAAAGGAAACAACUACAAGGGUAGCGGCAAAGGUGGAGAUAAAGUUAAACAGAGGUCAUCUAAUUAAACGGUCUACCAUACCCCACGAAUGGGUACACUACUACUACUACUUUGCUUUGAAGGGUGAUGUUUCAGUUUCUUUGUUGUGUCAUGUCAUGAUACAGCAACAUAGAAAAAAAAAGUUAGUUUUAUAGUCUACUUGGGGUCACCGAAUCACGACUGAGCAGAAGUUUCUUCGCCUCAUGGGGGAAACACUAAAACACAUCAACAAGAACUGUUAUAUAUGUAUUCUCCCUUCCCCUCUCCACUCUCUCCUCCUCUAACACAAGAAGUUCUUGCAAAGGCGGUUCAAGUUGGAGCGUGAAACAAGCCCAAGAGAGGUUUGCGCAGAUGCACUGCCUCAAUCGAAACGCUCUACGACAAAUGCUAGAAGUGAAGGACGACUUGCGGCAAAGAGUGAAAAAAGCUGCUUUCACUGCUUCUGCUACGUCAACCACAGAUGAUCAACAUCAGGGGAUCUUCAAAGACCGACCAGUAUUAGCUGCCUGCCUUGUUGCUGCUGGCUUACGGCCUAACGUUGCGCGUAUUGAUCAAGCUGCGAACAGCAACAUCACAAUAUCUGCCGGCAAUGAACUAAUGAAGCUGCAUCCUCAAUCCUCGUUUCUUGAUCAAAACAGUUUGAUGACAGCAGGAGCUGCCUUGUCGGGGUCUUCUGGGUCUUCUGGUGCCAUGAUUCGCUGGCUAGCCUAUCAUGCGAAAGUGAAAACCAGUAGCAAUUUUCUCAGAGAUGCAACCUUAAUACCCAAUCCCUGGUGGCUCUUGCUCUUCCACUCGGACGAGUGGGAACUGUAUCCUCAACAACGGUGCGUCGCUUUUGGGCGCGCGACUGGAAAUAACGCAUGGCAGUGUGUCUCAGUGUCGCCAUUUGCAGCGAUGUUGCUGAGACAGGUCAAAAUGAGGUUUGCUGUGCUUUUUCAUCAUUGGGUCGUGAGGUUUGCUAGGGCUAUCGACGGUGGAGGAGGCAAAAAGAAUGGAGCAUCUCCUUCAGAACCCCAGAUGCAGGGAGAGGGAGACCUCAAGAACUAUGUUGAUUUCACAGGAGAAGCAACAAAACUCGUCUCGUUGAUGAAACGAGUGUUGGAGACGAAAGUGUAAAGAAUGGAUGACUUGGAUUGUUCUAAGUACUUAUCUCUACUUCUCGACGAGUAUAAUGUCCUCAACGAAUUCAGACUGGUCUCACGAUAGAGUAUCUAUCAAUUGCUGUGGAGGAGCUUUCAGGAUGAAGAUAGUUCCUUCAGAUUUGAAUUGUUCUAGCUGUCGACCUAUAAUUGUCGUCAGUGUUCAAUGCCUAUACUGAGUAUGAUUCCUAC